CUUUUCCCUCUCUCUGUCGGCAGCGGGCGAGCAGCGACACCUCCACCCAGCAGGCGCGCCGUGCCGCGUGCGGCGAACAGCAGCAGCGCGAUGAAGAACACCGUCAUCAAGAACCCGUCAUGGUGGAAGCGGCGGAGCCGGCUGGAGCGGCUGCUGACGGCGGCCACGGGCGGCCUGAUGUGCGUGGCGCUCGCCCUGGUGGUGGCGCUCGCCGUGGUGGCCGUCCACGACGACGCCAGCGCGACAGGCGCCGCCGACGCCAGGUCCCGCGGCCCCGGACCCACCCCCAAGCCCAACGAGCCCGCCAACCAGGACGUGUGCCUCACCGAGGGAUGCAUCCACGCCGCCUCGUACCUGCUCAAGACCAUGGACCUGGACGUGGACCCGUGCGAUGACUUCUACCAGUACGCGUGCGGCAACUUCAUCCGCACCACCAACAUCCCGGACGACAAGACGAGCAUCACCACCUUCUCCAAGAUCAACGACGACCUCACCGAGCAGCUGAGGAACGUGAUCGAGGAGCCCAUGACCAGCAGCGACCCCAUGUCGUUCGGCGUGGCCAAGAAGCUCUACAAGGCCUGCAUGAACAAGACCCUGGUGGAGGAGCGCGGCCUCACCCCCACCAAGGAGAUCCUCCAGAAGCUCGGAGGUUGGCCCGUCCUGGAAAAGGACUGGAGCGAGGAGAAGUUCGACUGGAAGGAGGCUGUCUACAAGUUCCGGAAGGAGGGCUUCAGCGUCGACUACAUAUUUGACUUUUCCAUCAACAUCGACCUCAAGAACUCGACGUCGCGAGUCAUUGACAUCGACCAGGCGUCGCUUGGUCUCAGCCGCGAGUACCUGCACAAGGGCUUGGAGGACAAGCUCGUCAAGGAGUACUACAAGUACCAAGUGGACAUCGCUGUCAUCUUCGGCGCCGACCGGGCCGUCGCAGAGAAGGACAUGCUUGACGUGGUCAACUUCGAAAUCAACAUGGCCAACAUCUCCCUGCCCAACGAGCAGCGACGAAACUCGACCAAGCUCUACAACCCGAUGAAGAUCUCGGAGCUGCAGGAGCGCUACCCGUCCAUCCCGUGGAAGGAGUACAUGGAAAAGAUCCUGCCCGCCUCCAUCACGCUCUCCGACUCCGAGGUCAUCAUCGUGGACGUGCCCGAGUACUUCAGCAAGCUGGAGAAGCUGCUCGCCAUGACGCCCAAGCGCACCAUCGCCAACUACCUGCUGUGGCGCGCCUGCUCGUCCACCCUGAGCUACCUGCACGACUCGGUCCGCGACCGCCAGCUCAAGUUCUACACGGCGCUGUCGGGCCGCACGGAGCGCGAGAGCCGCUGGAAGGAGUGCGUCGACCUGGCCAGCGGCAGCAUGUCGCUCUCCAUCGGCUCCCUCUACGUGCGCCGCUACUUCAAGGAGGACUCGAAGCGCGCCGCCCUCGAGAUGGUCAACAACAUCCGCCAGGAGAUGUACAAGGUGCUCAAGUCGGUGCCCUGGAUGGAUGACGCCACGAGGCAAGCUGCCCUGGAGAAGGCGUACUCCAUGACGAACCACAUUGCCUACCCAGAUGAGCUGCUGGAUAACUCCAAACUGGACAAAUUCUACGAAGGGCUCGAGGUGAACGAAGACAUGUACCUGGAGAGCAUCCUCAACCUUACCAAGUUCGGCACAGACUAUUCGUUCAACCGCCUGCGCCAGAAGGUGAACAAGACCGAGUGGAUCUCCCACGGCAGACCGGCCAUCGUCAACGCCUUCUACAGCUCCAUCGAGAACAGCAUCCAGUUCCCGGCCGGCAUCCUGCAGGGGGCGUUCUUUUCCAGCGACCGGCCCCGCUACAUGAACUACGGCGCCAUCGGGUUCGUCAUCGGCCACGAGAUCACCCACGGCUUCGACGACCAGGGGCGCCAGUUCGACAAGGACGGCAACCUGGUGGACUGGUGGGCCAAGGAGGUGCAGAAGAGCUACCUGGAGAAGGCGCGCUGCAUCAUCGAGCAGUACGGCAACUACACGGCCAAGGAGGUGUCGCUCAAGCUCAACGGCAUCAACACGCAGGGCGAGAACAUCGCCGACAACGGCGGCAUCAAGCAGGCCUACCGCGCCUACAACACGUGGGUCGAGGCCAACGGGCCCGAGCCGCGCCUGCCCGGCCUGCCGCUCAACCCCCGCCAGCUCUUCUGGGUGUCGGCCGCGAGCAGCUGGUGCUCCAAGUACCGGCCCGAGGCCCUGCGCGUCCGCAUCACCACGGGGUAUCACUCGCCGGGUGAGUUCAGAGUACGGGGACCCAUGUCGAACCAGGAGGACUUCGCCAAGGACUUCAACUGCCCCGUGGCCAGCUCCAUGCACCCCACCAAGAAGUGCGAAGUGUGGUAAAGAGAGGCCCGCGCGAGCUCCGUGAGCGUUGACUUGGACGAGAAACGUGCGCAAUGUAACGCGUUGGCACACUGACCACCAUCACCACCACCACCAGUACAACCUCCUCGAGAAGGGGAGGGAAGGCCCCGCCGUGGUGGCAGGGCGGGCUGGGGCCUUGGGGGAAAAUGAUGGGGAUCUUUUCGAGGAUUGAGAAAUCGAUACAAGACUGAAAGCUACGCAAGACAGAUUCGACUCCAGUUUAUAUAUAUUGUCAGAGACUGCUGAAAUGUGACAGUGCCCGUGAGCCGCACGACGGAGACGGGGCCAACGCCCAAACGUAUGCGUGAUCACACCGCAGGUGGAGAGAAGACACACUCUCCGACUUUCGUGAUACUCAUUGGAAUAAGUGCCACUCUGAAGCGCGGUGUGACAAGAGGAAUCGCCGCCCGUUGCGUGAAUUUUUAAAAGAAUGUUCGCAUUUCCAGAUGAUUUGUUACAAAUUUGUGUUCUGUUGUUCAUUUUAUUUUUGUAUUUCAUUUUUUUUUUUUUCAUUUUUGUUCAACUGCUUUACUUUUGGAAAACAAUUUCUUGUCAGCUACCAAUUAAAAUCACAUGUGCCACUCUACCUAAUUUUGUUGGCUUGUGAUGUACAAUUACUUUCCUUCUAUUGCAACAGUGAGAGUGAGCUUAAGUGAUUUUUUUCAAAUUGUGCAGAUCAUUGACUUCAAAUUGUUUUCUGUAGCUGUUUAAUAAUUAGUAAGCAUAGAAUUAAGAAACCCAUUCCGUCCUGACAGCAUGUACCUGUCUUUCUACGACCAGUUUAUUUAAUUUAAAAAAAAAAUAUUAUUAGAUAAAAAAAAUUGUUUGAAAGAAUAAUGUGAAAAUAGUGUUACACUUAAAUUAAAAAAACAAAAAAACAACAUAAAA